CCUACUGAUAAACUAACCUAAUAUGUUCCUUUGUCCUCGAUAGUGAAGCUUGAAUCGAAUUAACAACAAUGGCCGUUGUGGUUGGCUGUCAGUGGAAAACUUUCGUAGAUUAUGUAUCGAAUGACAGUUUUUUGCCGAUUCAAAAUUUCUGUUGGUAUUUCUCAUUGAUCAAUUUGUAAAUAGAUCAAGCCAAUAGGAUCGGUGACAGAUGAUGAUUUUCUAAUAAACGCAAAUUUCGCGGUAUCGACUGGUGAUCAUCAAUGACCAGCUGACAAUGUUUUUCAAUUAGCAUAAUUCAGUGAGAUCAUCUGGUACUCGUGGUAAUUCGAAGAUGUUUAAAGCAGAAGAAUCCUCACGAGGCAGCUUCCUUCAGCAAACAAAAGCCGCGAGAGAAGAAAGAGCUCAUGAGAAAGAUAGGGAAGCUGCUGUCACUGUUAUUCAAGCGUAUGUUAGAGGAUGGUUGGCUCGUAUCAGAUUUACCAAAAAGAUUCUAGAGGAAUUCGAUAUCAAUUUUCCUGAUGAUUGUACAAAGCUGGAUGCAAACAUAGAGUUGCAGCUUGCAUUGCAUAUAUACAGGGUUACUUCUAGAUUUUUGAUUAUUUAUAAGAGGGAAAGGGAUCAAGAAAGAAUAGAAAAAUUGUGUAGAUACCUUGUGCAAACUCUUCAAUCAGAGUCUCCAAAGUUUUCAUAUGUAGGUGUGGCUCUUAACAAGGAUCACUACAUAUCAUGGAUAUUGCAAAUGAAAACAAUUUUAAAUCAUUGUCUCAUUGGCUUGGACAGCCUUAAACCUGAAAUAAGUUCUGACCAUACGUCCAUCCUAUUGAGAUUAUACACAUUAGUUAGUUUUACGUCACCAGCAUCAUGGGCUAUAUUAAAGGUAGAGGGUAUGGAAAAACUUAGAACUGGUAUGAGCCAGUUAUGUGCAAACAUAAUGGGGCACCUUGUCAAUAAUGGCUUUUAUGCUAUUAUGCAGACAUUAUUAGUAAAAGGAUUAGGUAGAGCAGAAGUUUCAUCAAUAUCAGUUGCGCUCUCUGCAGCUGUGACGUUAACUUUAAGACCAUUGAUAUCCUCUCAAAUGUCAGAUAAACUAGUAUCGUUAUUUUUAAUUAAUAUUUUUAGUGUCCCUGCUUUGGUUUAUCACUUGAACAUGUUAUGUCCAGAGUGCAUUUCAUCCUUUAUUAUGCACAAUUUAUUUGCAAGAAGUUUGGAAUUAUUAAAUUCAGAACAAAAUUUGAGGAUAGUUUUUAAUGCACUGGAGGGUAGUUAUGCACUUUGUUUAUUAUCAAAUUUGAUACAGUUAGCCAAUAUUGAAAGAGAAGAAGUCCUGAGGGACUCAUAUUUUCCUUCUUUCACGUUCGUUGUCACAAAAAUGCUGGAAGCUUGUCAACAGUAUGUAGUGGCCAAACAAAGUAACAUAACUCAUUGGCAUCCAAUUCUUGGUUGGUUUGCACAAUCAGUGGAUACUCCUUUACAAGAAGCUAUUCCCUAUGUUACAUCACAAUUAGCUUGCCUAUGGACUGGUAGAAUUGUUUUACAAUUAAUUGGUCAACCGUUAACCGAACUAGUUGGUAAGGAAUCACCACCACAAUUGGAACAACAAAGCACCUCUAUAAGUACUAAUAUUUUUCGUCGAGCAUUUUUGGAAGCACGCACAAAUAGAAAUAAUAGCAAUAAAAAUUAUAGAAAGUUAGGAAGUCCUGAAUGUACCAAGAUUGCCCUUAUCUGUUCCAUGUACCAAACUGCUCUUCAUACUCUCACUCAAAUGAAGCAGGAUAUAUUAACAGGGCUUUGUUAUCAAGAUAAAAUCUUGUAUCAUAUGUGGUUGUUUUUGGGAACAUUAGGGCCACACUGUGGUUUGAAAGCGUUUUUAGAUCAUUUGGCAGCAAAUACAAAAUGUACAGCACCAGAAUUUCAAAUGUUAAUAUUAUUUUGUGAUUGUAUGACUCACUAUGUCACUAUAUUAGACGACAUGGAGAUGUACGAGCAGCAAGAUCCCUUUAAAUUAUCGGACUUUAUAACAAUGUCAUUUUUUUUAAAUCAAUUUUUGUACAAAGCCGUUCUUAACAAUCUAUUCGAUGUGAAAACAGUGUCUAACAAUCCGUUGUUUACAUCACUACAUACACUUUUAAUGGCGAUUUAUCGUCGGGAUUGUAGAAGGCCUUUUUGUCCGGAAGGACAUUGGUUGGCGAAGUUGAUACGUGUAUCUGGUUUCCUGGCUGAUUUAGAGAAGAGAAGAGGUGGAGCAGCACUGUUGCUUUCAAAAAUGCCGCAUGUUAUACCGCAUUCUGAAAGGGUAGUAUUAUUUCGAAAACAUGUUGCCAAUGAGAAAGCUGUUAUGGGUUUAACGGAAAGUGCUUGUAACAGUCCACCGACUACGUUAAUAGUUGUACACAGAACGCGUAUAGUAGAGGAUGGAUAUCGACAAUUGGCCAUGUUACCUCCUCAAGCAUUGAAAGGUGUAAUCAGAGUACGGUUCGUAAACGAACAGGGUUUAGCAGAAGCUGGAAUAGAUCAGGAUGGUGUAUUUAAAGAAUUUUUGGAAGAGACGAUAAAAAGAGUUUUCGAUCCGUCGUUGAAUUUGUUCAAAGCUACAAGCGAAAAUCGUCUUUAUCCAUCUCCAACGUCCUCGAUGCAGGAUAAUCAUUUACAAUUAUUCGAAUUCGUUGGACGAAUGUUAGGCAAGGCGGUUUACGAGGGAAUCGUUGUAGAUGUCCCAUUUGCGUCAUUUUUUGUUUCUCAAUUUUCUGGACAAGCAGGAGGAACCUUAUAUAAUUGUUUGGACGAGCUUGCUUCGUUGGAUCGAGAUCUCUACCGUAGUCUAACUCUAGUGAAACAUUACAAAGGCGAUGUCAGACAAUUAGAAUUGACUUUUUCAUUAGACGAGGAUGUCAUGGGAAAAUUAGUAACGCAUGAAUUGAUACCUGGUGGACGAGCCGAGGCUGUUACUAAUCAAAAUAAAAUUCGUUAUAUACAUCGAAUGGCACAUUUUAGAAUGCACACCCAAAUAAAGGAACAAACGGCAGCUUUUAUCAAAGGAUUUUGUUCUAUAAUCAAUCCCGAUUGGUUGUCAUUAUUUUCAACGCCAGAAUUGCAAAGAUUAAUAUCGGGUGAUAACGUUCCAUUGGAUCUACGCGAUCUACGUAGGCACACGCAAUACUACGGUGGUUUUCACGAUAGUCAUAGAGUAGUAUGUUGGUUGUGGGACAUUCUCGAGAAAGAUUUUACCGAGGAAGAAAGAGGCUUGUUUUUAAAGUUCGUCACAAGCUGUUCGAAAUCACCCUUGCUUGGAUUCGCACAUCUGGAACCAAAAUUUUCCAUACGUUGCGUUGAAGUCGGUGAUGACGAGGAUACAGGUGAUACAAUUGGCAGUGUGAUACGUGGAUUUUUUACGAUACGUAAAAAGGAUCCUCAAAUUCGAUUGCCUACCUCUUCGACGUGCUUCAACCUAUUGAAGCUACCGAAUUACCAGAAAAAAAGUACGCUUCGUGAGAAGUUACGUUAUGCUGUAACCAGUAAUACAGGCUUCGAGCUUUCUUAAUCUACUGAGUUAUUUUGGUGCAGCACAAUCAGGGAACUAAUUCAAAACGCAGAGCGAAAAUCGAAAGUGAUCGAGCGGUGCCUAACUGAUUUACCCCAUGUUUCAAUAUAUGACAUGACCUAUAUAAAGAGGAUAUUAUUAUACGAUUUUAUAUAUAUAUAUAUAUAUAUAUAUAUAUAUAUAUAUAUAUAUAUAUAUCGUAAUGGACGAAAAUGUACAGUAAACAUACGUAGAUAGUUAAGCCUAAUAAGUUGUAAGAGUGUAACUUCUAUAGAACAAUUAUUUGCACAAAUUUCGUAUGAUAUUAGAAGAAGAUGAAGGGAUGAAUAUCUUGAAAAUAUUUUCUUUUCUUUGCCAAUUACAUACAUCUUUCCAUAUUGAUAAGUAAUGUAACAGAGAGUAUAUAAGCUGAACAUAAAUAUGUUGCAUAUACUCUCGUGUUGUUCCUUUAUACACACACACACACACACACACACACACACACAUAUAUAUACGACAUAAUUAGCAUCAUGCGAUAUUUAGUUAAGUAAUUAUAAUGGUUACUAUAUGUUUUUAUAAUCAGUCUAUUGCGUUUCAUCGAUUGUAAUUAAUUGAAAAUUAUGCGGUUUAUAGAACGAUUUACGUGUACCUUAUACGAGCUUACAAAUUAUUAAUCGUUCGCUUUUUAGUCGACAGUAGUGAAAUAAUAGCAUUGUUAUGGAAGUGGUUUACAUAUUCGUAUACAUUAAAUGUUAAUCUUUUGCCAAACAGAAUCAUUGGUGCCGAGUGAGAAAGAAGAUAUACAUUAUAUGAACAAUUUCGGAGAAUGAAGAUUUAAGAAUGAAAAAAAAUAAUAUAAAAUAAAAAAAGAAGAAAAGAAGAAGAGAAGAAGAAAAAAAGAAAAACAAAAAAAAAGAAAUACGAUGGAUGCUCUAUUUUGAAGAGAGCUAUUUUCUCGACAAAUUUUUGUACAAAUUUUUGAAAAGAAUGUUGCGAAUUGUACAAAACGCGUUGUGUAGUUCCGCAGUGCUCGUCGAUGUCAUAAUCGUCGUCGUCAUCUUUAUUGUGGAUGAAAUCGGCAAUGUUUACACACUGAAUUUCCUAUAUAAGUUCUCUCUCUCUCUCUUUCUCUGUUUUUUUUUGUAACGUAUACGAGGUUCAUGCAAUAUAAAUCAAUUUUUGGUGAGACCAUAAAAAAAGUACACAACUCCAAUGUAUUUAGCAUUUCGAUGUUUGAAAUAAUGAAUCAAUGGGAGACUUGCGUGGGAAAUUUAGUAAGACCAAAGAUAAAAUAGAAAUCUAUUUAGCUCUUAGAAAUACGAGUUCUGCGCUUGCAUAUUUUCCUACAUAAUCAUAUAUACAUAUAUAUACACACGUACAUACACAGCAUAUAUAUAUAUGUAUGUACAUAUAUAUAUAUAUAUAUAUAUAUACAUAUUUUAGCAGCAACAUUUUCGAUCUCUAUUCACAUUUUCUAACGCGUUAGAAAAGUACAAUUAAUAUCGCGAUCAUAAAGAUUUGUUUACUGUUUAUAUAUUGAAAACAUUGUUAUACUUUAUAUACGUACAUAUAUAUAUAUAUAUAUAUAAUAAUUGACAUAUAGAAUUCAUUCGAUUUCGUUCGUGCAAUAUUUACGUGAUAUUUGGAAAAGAUGCGAUUUUGCAAUACAGUGAAUAGAGAAACGUUGUAUAUAAAAAUAAUACAUAAUCGAUGUUCAAUGUAAUAUUUUUUGGAAAUUGUAAGAAAAGGUUUUUCAAUGGGUGGAGAAUUGUAUUUGAUAUAGAUUCUAAAUUAUUGCGCUAUACGAUAUGAUUCGUGAAUAAUUUGGAACAAUAGAUCGAAAGGGUAAACAGAUAUAUUUACGUUUUUCUUACGAUACUUCGUCGCACACACGCGCACACAGAUAUUCGAAGAAAAAAAGAUGAGAAAGAAAGAGAUUAUAUACGCUUUGUAAAUCGGCCGUUUCGUUGGAAACGUAUAGAUAGAUAAAGUUUUGUAAGUGUGUAUUAUCGUACCAAUGGAGAAAGUAAGAAAAGAAAGAAGAAAGGAAGGAAGGAAAGAAGAAGGGAAGACGAAAAGAAAAUGACGUGUCGAUCUAAAAAUAUCUCUGGAAAUUAUACCAGUAAUCAUGUAAAUAUUUACAAAAUCUAAAAAU